CAAGUCAGCCGUCAGUUGCUGACAAACUCAUGGGAAAGCUAAAAUGUUGGGUUUCUCUCUCAUCAAAUCCAACGGCUCUUAAUCCUUCUUUGACUUAACAAUCCCAAAUCAAUGGUAAUCUAAUCUGACAUCUGUCAUCAAUCCCUAUGAAACAGUAAAACCCUCCAUUGAUUCCACCUGAUCAUUUCCCUUCUCUCUCUUCUGAACAUCCAUCACAAGGGUUUUGCCUUAAACUUUGACUCCUUCUUUUUCCCCUUUUACAUCCCUAACAAUUCCCCUAAAACCCAUCAUUUUUCUUUGAUUUCUACGAAGUUUUAAUCUUUCCUUAUUCUUCUUUGUUGGCACCCGAAAAGAAAACUGUCGCAGUGGUCGGUUCAGUUGUUGACAGGUUGCGUAAAUUCUUAGUUUGGAAUGCCUUAAGAUCGACUUGCUGUACUCAAGCUUCAAUAUUUAUGCAAUGGUUACGAAUGAGGAAAAUGCGUUGAUUGUGGCUCCUUCAGAUAAAUUGCCGCAGAGUCUAAGUCCCGAUUCAUCAAUACAUACAUCUAGCGCUGAUCGAGAAGCAAACGCUUCUAUUGUCCUUGAAAAACCCGCCGAAGAUGGAUAUAAUUGGAGAAAGUACGGGCAGAAAAAUGUCAAAGGGAAUGAAUAUAUAAGAAAUUACUACAAAUGUACGCAUCCGAAUUGCCAAGCAAAGAAACAAGUGGAGCGCUCCCAGGAUGGGCGUAUAACGGAUAUUAUUAAGCUGGGAAAUCAUGAUCAUGCUAAACCACACUCCGAUUCUCAAGCAGCUGUUCCCUCUCCUCUGUCGGUUAAAGUACCGGAGCGCUCCCCAUUGGCUGUUGAUGAAGAUAAACCACCCGUUGUGCACACCCCUGCUACUGAUCAUGGUGAGAAAAUGGAUGUCGGUGAGCAAGCAUUAGCAGUGAGAACCGAUGAUACUACACCUGCAUCUCUCACACCAUCAAGUCACGCAAGGGAUGAUACAAGUGAAAUCUUGACCCCAAAGAGACGGAAGAGAGCCUUGGAUGGUGCUGAUAGCACAACAGAGAAGCCAAACAAUGAUUCACGACUUGUUGUCCAUACGGUUAGUGAGGUUGAUAUUGUCAAUGAUGGGUUCAGGUGGCGAAAGUACGGACAAAAAAUGGUGAAAGGCAACCCAAACCCAAGGAGUUACUACAGGUGCUCAACUACAGGCUGCCCGGUAAAGAAACACGUUGAAAGAGCCUCUCACGAUCCAAAAAUAGUAAUCACUACGUACGAGGGUCAACAUGAUCAUAGCAUGCCUCCUAUUAGGACUAUUGUUCCCCAGCCUGCCGCAGCUGCUACAGGUGGGACGGAGCCAAACGGGAUGAGUAAAUCCAAAUCAGACGAAAGUGAUCCAGAAAAAGGCGAUUCUGUUGAUCCUACUAAAGACGAAAAAAAGCUAGCAAUCGUGAUGAAGAGCGGGGAUCCUAUUAAUGUAUCCACUGAGCAAGAAGCCAAUCACGAAGCUGAAAUACCCGUGCAAGAAACCAAUCUCGAAGCUGAAAAACCCGUGCAAGAAACCGAUCUCGGAGCUGAAAAACCCCUGCAAGAAGCCAAUCUCGGAGCUGAGAAACCCGAGCAAGAAACCGAUCUCGGAGCUGAAAAACCCGUGCAAGAAACUAAUCAUGGAGCUGAGAAACCCGAGCAAGAAACUGAUUGCAAAGCUGAGAAAACAGAUCAUGUUACCCAAACUGCAGAAGAGAUCGUUGUGGCAGUUCCGCUUGAUAUGAAGCCCGAAAGCGCAUCAACUGAGGUAAAAAGACCCGAUUCUAUUGUCGUUGAUAAUUCUCGUGCUGAAACAAAAUCGAACGGACUACAACGUGCAAAUCCCGAAGCUGUCAACUGCUGAAUACAUGUUGCUGAUUGGAGUUGUAAUUGAUAGAGGUUUGUAGUAAGGAAUGGCAAUUAUUAACAUAGGAAUGAUGCAUUUAAAGGGACUAAUCUUGGAGGUGUUUUAAACAUUGUAAAUAAUUCUAAUUAGACGAGGCAGUCGUAGCCUAAGUUGUCUAAUUCAACUAUUGAGAAUAAGAAGAAAAAAAUGAUAGAUCUUCAUAGAUAUAGAACUGGGAUAUGGUAUUUGAUUGUAUUUAGUGUAUUUUCUGUGGAUAUUUACUGAGUGAUUCUGUAAUUUCUUAUAGAUUAAGCUAUGAAUUGACCAUGGUUUGAGUUCCUAUG